CUUUUUCCUCCCCACCGGCAUCCCUCCGCCGCUUCGUCCCGAUGACUGACGGCGCGAGAGCCCCCGUGUUUGGCUCCCCAACUCCUUCCUUCUCAUGGGAUGAGGUCGUGUGGUACAACGUAGCAAUCCUGUCUGUAUGGCACGCAAUGGCGCUGUACACCCUCUUCUUUGUCCUCCCCGAAGCAUCGUUUCUGUCGAUCAUGACGCUGUGGAUCGGCCUCUGGUUCUUCUCCGGCCUCGGCAUCACGGCCGGCGCUCAUCGGCUGUGGGCACAUCGAUCGUACAAGGCGCGUUUUCCUCUUCAAGUUUUUCUCGCGCUGUGCAACUCUAUGGCGUUUCAAGGCAGCAUCUUUGAAUGGUCACGCGACCACCGCGUGCAUCACAAGGGGUCAGACACGACGGCGGACCCGCACAACUCCCGCCGUGGUUUCUUCUUUGCCCACAUGGGUUGGGUGAUGGUCCGCAAGCACGCCGAUGUGUUCCGAGAAGGCAAGAAGAUGAACUUCACCGACUUGGAAAAAGACCCGUUGGUGCAAUUCCAAAAGAAGCACUACCUGGCCAGCGUUCUCGUCAUGUGCUAUGCGUUCCCAACGUUGGUGGGCUACCUCUGCUUCAACUCGGCGUGGCAAGGCUUUUGGAUCGGCGGCGUCUACCGUCACGUGUGGGUGUUGCACAUGACGUGGUGUGUCAACAGCGUCGCCCACUUCUUUGGGUACAAGCCGUACGACCGCAACAGUCGCGCCGUCGAGAACCUGUUUGUGUCGAUCGGCGCGAUCGGCGAGGGCUGGCACAACUACCACCACCGGUACCCGACCGACUACGCGACAGGUGAAAUGGGCGUCACGGGUCAGUGGAACCCGACCAAGGGCUUCAUCGAUAUCAUGGCGUGCCUCGGGCUGGCCUAUGACAUGAAGCGUAGCACGACGGCGGCGGCGACCCGCGAGAAGAACAAGAUCGCAGUCGACCAAGAAAUCCUCAAGGGCGUGUUGCAACCUCCAUCCUCCAUGGACCAGUUCGUCAAUUGGCUCUUCUUUGGCCGCACCGAGGACCAGUCGGUGUUCUAGGGCGCCGCCUAUUUACCUGUCUGCCCCACCCAUCGUACAAAUAAAAACAUUGAAAGUGACUUGCGGGGAGGGGUGCCCAUGUC